UGGCCAUUAACUAUGACUCACUUUCCGCGCAAAGGACGUCAAUCACAGCAACAACGAGAACCACUACAGCCACGCUCACCCCCCGACCGGAAUACAUUUGCUUUUCGCCCCCGGGCCUACAUUGUUAUUCUCGUCCUCGUCUAUGGCGCACUUUCCCUUACAUCAUGGUGUAUACUUUGUACCCUUAGUUGGAGACCUCUCGGGAAAUCGAACUAUGAGUUUGGGCCCCUUGUUGAGACGGAGUUGGAAAGCAUUAAGCACCAAGUAUCCAAAUGGUCUCAGGCUUCCAGAGUAGUGUCUGGAGUCGUCGGUGUUUUAACUCUUCCCUUAACUUCGUCCGUUUGCGCCUUUGCUGCGGUAAACUUCACGCAACCAAGGACCUGGGGGGGCAAGUCUUCGCUUACAUUGAAUCAAACGGUAACUCUAGCGAAUAAAGGCUGGACAAGUCCUCUGGUACUUUUUACUCUGCCUUUCAAAUUUAAAAGUAUUGGCAGUUUCUAUCUAUAUUACGCAAUCGCCCUUCAUAAUAUAGGUGGCAUACUCAGCCCUCUACAGCAGCUAGUGUUGGAUCAGGAAGAGAUCCAUACAUUGAUCAAUUACCCUGUGCAAAAGAUGGGGCUUCUCGAACCUCCACGCUUGGUAAUUCAGAACUUUCCACGGGAGGAAGUUGCCUUGCUUAGGGCUAUUUUAAACAGCGCCCGGCCAACCGAUCUGGACCUGAACCUCUGGCAGGACCAGGAUAGCAAUUCAGCCGCGUCGCCAUUUGUCUCUAUGGCACCAUCUAAUAUAGACACUAAGGGCAUCCGUCAAUUUGCUCCCCGGUUGAAUUCCUCCAUGCGGCAAGAAACACUACAAAAAGAUGACUUUCCGUCAGACUGCUCAGGCAAUUCUUUUUUCAGAAACUAUACACUACCAGCUGGCAGCCUUUACACGUAUCAGCAUAUUUCGGUAUGCAUGCCCGGGGAUCUAAGUAUUUCACCGUUCCGCAGAACACGGGACAAAUAUGAUUUUGACGAAGUACUCUAUCUCAAAGUGAAAACAGACGCCUAUAAUGGAGAUUGGAUUACCCGCAAAUUAAUUCUCUCAACUACAGUCGGCUACUUCGAGCUGCCAAAUUCAUUAAAUGGUAACAAACCAGGGCCUUUACAGCCGAAGGAUCCUAUUAAAUCAUGUCCGAAUCCGCCUUGCGAGCCGCAAAUUCAAGGGUUAGUGCUCAUAUGUCUAUCCUCGUAUUUCCACCUACAAAGCUCACACUUAUAA